CCCAUAACAGUGCCCGAGGGUUUUACACAAUUUUUUAAGUUUUAGAACCAUCGAGUCUCCACAAUUGCAUAGAGACAAGAUGAUCAGAUGAAUAAUAUGUGGAGACACCGUUCAAUCGACGCUCACAUGAAGACUAUCCUCCUUCUUCCCUCUCUCUCAUCUUCAACCUCACCGCCAUUCUCACCAUCAUCAACAACAAUCAAAGCUUUCAGAACUCUCUUCACACUCUCAAACCCUAGCUCAAGUCUCCUUCCACCGCCGAAGCCUCGCUUUUCCUUUAUCCCUCUUCCCAAAUCCCCAAUUAUUCACUGGACUUCGCAUCCUCGCAAUCACAGUUUCGGCUUUGUCGUCGCCAAAUGCAUUUCGCCGAUUUCGUCGGCGCAGAUAUUGGAGUGGGACGAGACUGUCUCGUGCUCGCAGGUUGGGGAUGGUAACAAUGGGGUUGUGAGUGAGCAGGACACGAAGCCCUCUAUUGCUGUUAGGGCUUUUUUCUUCUCUACAAGUGUGGAUUUGAGAAGCUUAGUUGAACAAAACAAACCCAAUUUCAUUCCGCCUACAUCCCGUAUGACUAAUUAUGUUGUGUUAAGAUUUGGCAAUGUUAAGCCCGAGCCCAAUGAUGUGGGUGUCAAUUUAAGUGGAAGUGACUGCUGUUACAUGGUAGUUUUCCAGUAUGGCUCAAUUGUCCUGUUUAAUGUUCGUGAUCAUGAAGUCGACAGAUAUCUGAAAAUUGUAGAAAUACAUGCUUCUGGGUUGCUCCCCGAGAUGAGAAAGGAUGAGUAUGAGGUGAGAGAGAAGCCGGCUUUAAACACAUGGAUGCAAGGUGGAUUAGAUUACAUAAUGUUGCAGUACUUGAAUAUUGAUGGAAUCCGUACUAUUGGCAGUGUUCUUGGUCAAAGUAUUGCUCUUGAUUACUAUGUACGCCAGGUUGAUGGGAUAGUUGCAGAAUUCACUGAUAUAAAUCGUGGGAUGGAAAAAACUGGAACCUUUACAAUGGAAAGGAAAAAGCUUUUUCAAUUAGUGGGAAAGGCAAAUUCUAACUUAGCUGAUGUGAUUCUUAAGCUUGGACUUUUUGAGAGAUCAGACAUAGCCUGGAAGGAUGCCAAAUACGCUCAGAUUUGGGAAUAUCUUAGAGAUGAAUUUGAAUUAACUCAGAGAUUUGCCAGUCUUGAUUUUAAGUUGAAGUUUGUGGAGCACAACAUCCGUUUUCUUCAGGAGAUUCUUCAGAAUAGGAAAUCAGAUUUUCUGGAAUGGCUCAUUAUUAUAUUGAUUGGUGCUGAAAUCCUCAUAUCUGUGUAUGAUAUUGCCCAUAAGUCCGUGAUUACGUCCCUAUAGCUGUAGGCUCCACUGAUGCUUGAAAUCAGAGCUAAGUUUAUUUGUGAUUGAGGGUAGUUGCUGUGUAUAUACUCUCCAUUUAAAUCACUAUAUGGAAUUCAUAGUGCAAGUCCUUUUUGUCCCUUGUAAUUUGUGAUUCGGAAUGUCCUUGCAAGUUUGGUGCUCUUUGAUCA